AUUCGCUUUUUGGGCCUCUAAGCGCCCCUACAGGAAACACAUUUUAGUGCCAUGGUCAACAAACACAGUCAUUUGAUACAGCAGCGUUUGUCGACCGGUGCACAGGUAUGAAAUAUGGAACGCAAGCUGGCUGAAUUCAGAGCCCGAAAGAAAGCCCAGACUGGAGCUGAGAAACCUGCUGUUCGUGAGAUCCAGACUGAAAUGAAAGCAAUCGAUGAUUCUCCGGCAGUGUCUCCUGACACAAACGAGUUCCUGAAGCCCGACACCUUCCAUCAGAGUCCAACCAAACAGGAUCAUUGUGAUCUUCUGAAUACUACAUCCGGUUGUUGGCUUCAGCGUCUGGUUCUUACCCAUCUGACCCUGUUUAAAGUGCUGCUGUGGCUUGUGCUGUUGGGGCUUUUUUCAGAACUUGAGUUCGGCCUGCCAUUUUUUGUCAUAUCGUUAUUCUACUGGCUCUAUGAGGGCCUUCGAAGCCCAAAAGCCAGACAACCUGGAGAAAUGAGCGCAUACUCCGUGUUUAACCCUGAUUGUCAACCCAUUCUGGGGACUUUAACAGCUGAACAGCUAGAAGGAGAGAUGGGAUUCAUGGUAAUCAAUUCUUGAUGGCCAAUACAUGAACAUGUUUAAAAGUCGUGCAAACUUUGCAGCCAACUGUCUGGACAAGGAAGAUUGUCUAAAUGUGGGCUUGGGAAACUUAUUUGCAUUAUAUUAAUGUAUCUCUUUAAUGGUUUACUUGUAUUUACCUAAAUAAAAUGCAUUAAUUCAUUAAUAUGGAUAAGAUAUCAUAUACAACCCCUUCUUACUGUUUAAUUCAAUCAUACAUCUAGAAAAUGAGAACAGGUCACAUAUUUUGCACUCACCUAUGUUCUGUUGUCCAAACUAAUUUAAUAUCUGGACCUGAAAUGUAUUACUGAGUGAUAUAACUUUUUGAUGAAUGUACUGUAUAUAGAACUGCACUAGAAUAAAAUCUCUGAGAUUCAGA